GCCCACGCCUGGUCUAUCUCGUUCCCAGGCAUUUGCAUGUAAAAACAUAAAUCACAGAAAACUACAUUCUGUCAAAAUAAGGAAUACAGCAACAGUUCGGGAUUAUAGUGAAUUAUGAGUUUAGGGAAAACCGCGUGAAUCAAACGAUGGGAAAGAGUCUGGAAUAUGGGGGAAUCUAUGGAAUAGCUGCAGAGUUGAACAAGUUGAAGGAGAAAAGUUUGGGAAAACGUGAGCACUUUUUCUUCGUGCAUGGAUGCGAUUCGAGAAGACAUGUAAGGUCAGAAUGCAGGAGAGUUCUCUCUCACGUUGUUUAAUUCACUGUCGUUGUAGUGUAAGUCAUUGUCAUUUUAGUGUAAACACUGGCUUCUUGUUUUGAGACUCUUAAUUCGAGUAGAAAAAUACUUUGCAGCAAAUUGUGGUUAAAAGUGUAGCCUAUUGUACUAGCUAAAUUGAAAAGGGGUGAAAGCCUAGCCACUGUGGAAGAAAAAGUUCUUUACCACAAUGAAUUAACAAAAGGAGAGAACAUAACAAAAACACAUGCACAAUGGCAGAAACGGAGAUAGAGAAGGUGUAUAGCAGUGUCUCUUUCAAAAAGUUUGAAAGUUGGAGCUCAAACAAAAGUCGCUGUGAAAAUCAACAAAACAAAUCAAAGGAUUUGGAGGGCAGUAGCGGCGCCCUUCCCCCUCCAUCUACCGCUGCGGCAGAGAAAGCGCAGCCCUCGGCUAUGCGUAAUGUUAGUGUGUCAAGGAAAGUUUCCAAAAUCUCCGCUGCCAGCCUCGACACCGCAGAGCUAAAGAAAGCCUCUUCCACUCCUCUCUCCUCCAUUUCUCCCUCUAUUCGCCAACUCACUGAAAAGUUCAGUAGCACUAAUUCGGCUCGGACUCACGGAGCCCUGAGCCCUGGCAGUAACGUGGCCGGGAAGAGCACAACUUUACCCCGAUUUAAAAGCAGAAGGGGAGAGAAGUCCCCGUCUCGGAAGUUAUUCCACGAGGACGGUGGACAUUUACAAGUUACUGACACGGUUUUAACAGAGUCUCCGACUGACACUAAAGUUCAGCAACAAACGUUUUAUUCAGGCGCAGACUCUGCUCUGAUCGGAUUCGGAUAGAAAUCAACAAUUGAUUUAUACUCGCAAAUCUGCUCAAGGCAGCAGCGUUGGGACUGGUAAAAGAGAUUAUUCCCAAAUUGAUCCGUCUAUCUCUGAUAACAAUAACUGCAGUAAAACGUUGAACUCUGAGGAUUAUGUUUUUGUCAGUGGGGCGCCUGCCUGCAAGUCAUACAGGAGCUAUUUCCCAAGUCACCAUGGAGACCCUCCUGUUCACGUUGACCUAACCUACUGGCCCAGUGUCACCAAGAUCAGAGAGCUUUUUGGGGACAGGCACAGAAAGAAGCACCGGUCCACCUCUGAUGCAGAGGAUAUAAAAUCUGACCACCUCCAGCACUUCACCAGCUCUAAAGAGAGCUCUGUAUCAGACAGAAGCGACAGGCAGUCUCCCAACAGCCCAGCCCCUGAAGCCACUAGCCUCUCACUGUCAGACAGACACCGUAGCAGGGCUGCUUCGCUGGGCAGAGAGAGGAGGCACCAGGGCAUGGACUCAGCCUUUCACCCUGACCAGCAUUACUCAGACGAGGCAGAGAUUGAGCCAGCCAGCACUAGUAUUAGUAGAAGUGGUAGGUGUUUUAAGGUGGCGCAGCCAUCAAACACGCACAGAGCCCACAGCCCCAGCAGUGGAGGAGAGGGGCCUGAGACCCGGACAUCUAGUCUGAACUCUGACCCUCCACCCUCUGUCCUAGCCGCUGCCCCCACCUCCCCACCUCGGAGCAGCUCCAGGGGCCUCUCUUCCUCCUGUGUAGAGCAGCAGCAGAGCCAGGGGGCCGGGCAGCCCAGGGAUAGUUUACAUUCCUCACAUAGCUCCUCCAGACCGGUGGCCCCCUCCUCUGAUAGAGCUUCAGCCAGGGCAGCAAUCACAGCCCGCUGGAGGUUCAGCUCAGGAGACGAAGAAGAGGAGUACCACCGAGCAGGAGGAAGGAGCGCUCCCUCGUUAGGUGUCAGCGGAAGUUACCUCUCCCGCGGUAAGAAUGGUUGGUGGGGUGGAAAGGUCCUCGGAAGGUCUUCAGGCAGUGAAGAGGACAGCCCUGCGUCACUAGGACCUAGCCGAGACACCAUGAGACGCCGUUCACUGAGGAAAAAGAAGAAGAACAGCGAAGUUGCCAUAGCAACGGGACGAGACAAUGGUGAAUCAGACGACAGCGACGACGAGCAGACAGGUAUGAUGGAACACCUGGAGAGACACCAACAGAACACCGCCGCCACUACAGAACAGACUGGUAGCUCUCAGAACCGGCUCAGAGAACCCGAAGGCUCUAGAAAUGGUGCAGCGCUGAGGGGACGCAAUUACACUCCUAACCAGAUGGUGGCGCAGGAGAGCUACAGACGCCAAUACACAUCAGGCGGGCCGGGGAUGACAUCUCCCUUGACCACGCCCCUCACAGGGGUAUCACGGGUGUCAAAGGUCAACAUCUCAUCGUUUAUUUCGAGUCCCGGCGGCUCGCAGAGCAGCAGUAGAUACUGUAGCACCGAGACACUGAAAGAAGAGGACCAAGCUAGCUAUGCUAACAGAAUGGCUAACACUACUACUACUACUACCACCACCCCAGGCAGUGUGGUUGGUGCAUCCUCCUCCAUGCUCAGUAAGACUUACCACGGUAACUUCACCAUGUACCGCUCCCCCAGCUUCGGACAUGGGGAUAACUUAUCCCGCGCCCCUGUUAGAGUCUGCCCCCACCUUCUUCCCCCUGUCAAUCCACCAUCUCCAGCCACAGGGGACACUCGAGGGGUUACUAGGGAGGAGACUACAGUGUUCCGGCGGUUGAUAAGUGGUGGUGUAGUCGGGGAUAAGGACAGGAACAGGAUGUCAAUGUCAAACCCGGAUAUCGCUUCGGAAACAAUGUCCCUCCUCAGCUUCCUGAAAAGUGACCUAUCAGAGCUCAGAGUUCGGAAGACAGACAGGUCAGGGGUUACUGAGGGGUCAUCUGCGGUGUACAGGAUGGGGUCAAGAGGUCUCCACCCAGGACUCCGCUCUUCAUUAAAGGACCUCACUGCAACUCUUCGACGCGCCAAAUCCUUCACUUACUCUGAUAAACCAGUAGGGAGGCAACAUUCAGAUGGGUCCUCAGCCAAAAGAAGCUCUUCUGAGCAACGUCUGGAUUUAGACGGAGAGCGUGAUGGAGGGAGGGGGGUGGUGCCUGCCAGAGAGGUGGAGAGUGACGGAGGGGACUGCAGAGCAGGGGGUUAUGGGGAUGAGGAAGUGAUGCCCACUCCGCUGCAGGACAGGUAUGUACAGGAGGCCAGACAGGUGAUCAGAGAUAUCUGCCAGAUGAUCGCUCGCAAGGAUGAUGAUAACGAGGAUGAUGUGCUAGCGACAGAUUCCACUGAGGAUGAGGGUUUCAGAAGGAAACAAGUGGAGGAGCAGGAGACAGAAGAGAGGGAGGGGAGAGCUAGAGAGGCUGAGGUUGACAUUGGGGCAGCCUUCAUUUCAGGGGAACAAGACAAGAUGGAGGGGGAAUGUGAAAACAUAGAAAGAGAGAAGUGCCUACAGAAGGUAGAUUCUGAGGAGAACGUGUUCUAUGACCAAUUUGUUGAUGAGCUAUCGGGUCACGAGUCGAGCCUCACAGAUGAGGGCAUAGUCACAGAACCAGAGACUGGACCUGGUGACCCUGAGAGGUUAUUUGUGGGGUCAAGUUUAGGGUCAUCUUUGGUCAGAGAUGUGCUGGGUCAACCCCUGACUGUCUGGAAGCAGUCUGCUCUGCAUGAGGAGGAAUGGCCAGAGUUAAACGAGGGAAUGCGAGAGGGAUCAGGGUUACACGCAGGAGCGAGUGAGAAACGAGAGAACCCUGUCUCUGUCCAUGCUCUUGGGACUGAGACUGAGAGCAUUGAUGUAGUAACAGAGAUGAGCAGCGUCAACAACAACAGUACUAGUGGGAGGACUAAUGUAUCCCAGAGUGCCUCAGCCCCAGGGCUUGAGGCUCCUCCCACUCCGAGCGCUAUCCGCCGCCGCCGUAAAUUCUCCUCAGCAGGGAACACGGGCUCUGACUCCAGCAACGGCAGCAACGGGGAGUCCAACGGGGAUGUUUACCGUUCGCUAAGCGACCCUAUGCCUCACCGGCGCCGCUCUGUGUCAGCAGAAGGGAGUAACAGUUUCUCUGUGGAUAGUAACCUGCUGGGGUCGCUCUCCUCCAAGGGGGCAGGAGGAGUCGGAGGAGGAAGUGUCCCAGAGUCGUCCUCUGCAGCCGAUCUAUCAGAGUGCAUGGGCAGCGUGACCAGCGAGCUAUCGGUGUGCAGUGAUGGUGGUCUCCGUGACGAUAGUCUCCGUGACGACUACAGCAAUGUGAUCCGGAGCAUUGUUGCAGAGCCAGGAGCAAUGGACAGAUUGAUGACGGAUGACAAAAACAACGGGAAAGCCACGAAGAAGAAGUCCUUCUCGGACCCCAGUCGCCGUGGUGAUGGCCACCUGCUUGACGAAUCAGGGUUCAAAAGUCACCAUCACCCCAACGAACCAAUCAGUGAGCUGGACCAGCUUGGUCAGAUCCCACCCUCCAGCAGUGAGCCAAUCCUGAGUGAGCAGAGAGACGAGCUGUGGGAGCUCGGAGACGAACGUGAACGUCCAUUACGUAGUCGCCUUGUCAACAAUGAAGGUGGCAAACUCCGCUCCCAAUCAGAAAGGGAGCUGCACUCCUGUCUCCAUGGUGAUGACACAGAUGGAGGGGGAGGAGGGCAGAUAUUAAACUUUGACCCCGAACUAGCGGAGGUUCUAUCUCCCAGAAUGGGCCGGCGGGCCUCCAGGAAACGCCCCAACCGAGUCGCGCGAACAGCAUCAGAGGAGCUGGACCACUCGGAACCAGGUCCAGAAGACCACGGUCCAGAGGAGAGUCAGGAUCAAGACCAGACUGAGCUCAACCCCCCACUGCCACCACCCCCCCCGAAAUCCAAAGCCAGGUCCAAGCACGUCCGCCACGCCAGCGAACCUGCCACCUUCAUCCCCAUCUCCCCACCUCCACAGCCCCAGCGAGCACAGGCGGACCCGCCUGCCCUGCUACCCGCCUCUGAACCCUCCAUCCUGGGUAAGCCCACUGGUGAGGAGGCCCCCUCCCUGGAGGAUGUGACCAAGCUGUAUAUUCUGGCUCUGAAUGCUCCUGGGGGCGAGGGGGAGCCGUCUGGGCCUGGGUCUGGAGGAACGGUGCCUGUAUCAGACGGGUCUAACUCCAGCCCUGCUACUCCCACUGGUGCCAGAGAACCCAGACUGCAGAGGGAGAGCAGCGAGGAGCUGACCACACCAGCCCCACAGAGAGCCAAACCCAGAGUGGAUAUGAGAAGACAUGUCGUGAUGACCCUCCUGGACACAGAGCAGUCUUAUGUGGAGUCGCUCCGGACACUCAUACAGGGCUAUAUGCGGCCUCUGAAGCAGCCAGACAGUGGAUCACUAGUUGAUCCCUCAUUGGUGGAUGAGAUGUUCUAUCAGAUCCCAGAGAUCCUGGAGCACCAUGAGCACUUCCUGGAACAGGUCACCGGCUGCAUCAGCCAAUGGCACGACAAACAGACCGUGGGUCAGCUGCUUAUCCAAUCGUUCUCCAAAGAGAUUCUUGCUAAUAUUUAUUCAGCAUACAUCGAUAACUUUCUGAACGCCAAAGAUGCAGUGAGAAUCGCAAAAGAGGCCAAGCCGGCAUUCCUCAAGUUCCUGGAGACCAGUAUGCGUGAGAACAAGGAGAAGCAGGCCCUGGGUGAUCUGAUGAUCAAGCCUGUCCAGAGGAUCCCCCGUUAUGAGCUGCUGGUCAAGGAUCUGUUGAAGCACACUCCUGAGGAACAUCCAGACCACCCGUUGCUAUUGGACGCCCAGAGAGACAUCAAGCGAUUGGCUGAGAAGAUCAAUAAGGGGCGUCGCUCUGCGGAGGAGGUGGAGAGAGAGACACGCGUCAUGCAGGAGAUAGAAGCCCACAUCGAGGGCGUAGAACACGUCAGAGAUAUCCUAAACCCAAUGAGGAAGUUCCUGAGACAGGAGAUGGUGAUGGAGGCGAAGACCGUGGGGGGUAAGAAAGACCGCUCUCUCUUCCUCUUCAGUGAUCUGCUCAUCUGCACCACCCUAAAGAGGAAGUCUGGAUCCCUGAGACGCAGCUCCAUGAGCCUGUACUCUGCCGCCAGUGUGAUCGACACUUCCAGUAAAUAUAAGUUCCUGUGGAAGCUUCCCCUAGAGGAUGUGGAGAUGGUGAAAAGCCCCUCCCAGGCAACCAACAAAGAGACCAUCCAGAAGAUGAUUGGUCGACUGGACGAGGACCUGAGUACACUGGGACACAUCAGCAAACUAUCAGAGACUCUCAGCUUCUCUCACCAGUCUCUGGAUGAUGUGAUAAAGGAUCUGAUGGCGUCAGUCCACAGGGAGCUUGCAGAGAAACAGUCUCUAGCCUUCAGUAUGACCUUCCUGCCCACCAAGCUGGAGCUGACCACCGCCUCGGCAGAAACCAGCUUCGUCUUCGAGUUCAGCUCCCCAGACAUACGCAGCAACUUCCAACAGGCCUUCGAAGAUGCCAAGAAGCAACUGGCAAUGAAUAAGGACCAGUGGGACCCAGAGUUCCUGAAGGCUAUCCCCAUUAUGAAGACUCGUAGUGGGAUGCAGUUCUCCUGUGCCUCCCCCAGCCACAGUUGUCCAGAGAGCAGCAGUGAGGUGUGGGUGUGUAACAGUGAUGGUUAUGUGGGCCAGGUGUGCCUGCUGAACAUCAGAGACCAGCCCACUGUAGAGGCCUGUAUCGCUGUCUGCUCUGCUAGGAUCAUCUGCAUCGCCGCAGUCCCUGGACUCAAGGGGAGGGAACGUGGAGUGGACCCCUUCCCAGCCCCUCCCCGUGUAGCUGUUGACCCCACCCCAUCCCAGCAGCAGCUACACAUCUCCAUUUCUCAUUCGUCGCUGCAGCUGACCGAGCCCCCUUCAGGGGCGGGGCCAGAGUUAGUUCCGUUUGACAGUGAUGACACGGACGAUGAAGAUUCUCCUAGCCCCUCCUCCACUCUGCAGAGCCAAGCCAGUCACUCUACUGUGUCAUCCAGCUAUGGCAAUGAGGAGGGGUCUGGUUCUAAGGACAUGGCUACAGAGACCACCAGUAGUGAGGAGGAGCAGGACUACCCAGAGGCCAGUCCUUAUGGAGCUCCAGGCAGGCUAGGGGUGGGUGGAAGAGGUCGACCCAACAGCGAGAGCCCCAUGGACGGGAGAGCGAUGCGCCGCUCCUCCCGGGGAUCCUUCACUAGAGCCAGUCUGGAGGAUCUGCUCAGCAUUGACCCGGAGGCUUACCAGAGCUCUGUGUGGCUGGGUACAGAGGACGGAUGUAUCCAUGUGUACCAGUCAUCAGACAACAUCCGCAACCGUAAGAACAGCAUGAAGAUGCAGCAUUCUGCCCCCAUCCUGUGUAUUCUCUACCUGGACAACAAGGUGUUUGUGUCCCUGGCCAACGGAGAUGUGA